UUAUAAUAUUUACAUUUUGCUCUUAUCUAAGCUACUUUACGGUAACAAAACGUGUCCGUCAUUGCUUAACUGCAUAAGGCUGUUGUGUGUCUUAGUGUUACAAAAAAGUUUCAAUUGUUGUACGCAAAAUUUAUCAGAAGAAAAUGUACAUACAAAUUAUGGUUGUCUACGUUUUGCUCAUUAGAUUUUCAACUUUAGAGAUAUCUGCCCAAGUGUGCAACGAUUUGUUAAAAUUAUUAAAACAUUUAGCACAACCUUAGUACUUUUGUGAAUAUGACUAUAAUUACCUUUGUUUAACAUCGGAUUUCUGUUGCGUGAGAAACGCUUUAGACAAUGUAUUAUAAGGGUAUCAAAUGAUUUGUUUAUUUACAAAUUUUGAAUAAUUAAAAACAAUAAGGUACAUGUAUGUCCUUUUGAUAUAUAAUUUCGCUUCGGACGUCGCAGAUAAGAACCAUGUUGUUAAUCAUAAUUGAAAAGAAAACAAACAAAUCUGUCAUUGUGAUGUUAAAUCAAUAUCAUUUAUAAAAGAAUUAUUGGUUUAAACAUAUUAUAUUUCCCAAUAUGUACAUUUCAAAUGAUUAUUUACAUAAAUAAAUUCUGGAUUGGACUGGAAGCCAGUAGGCUUAUUGAAGUCCUCUCCAUAGUGAAUUAUUAUAUUCAGUAUGAUUUUUUUUUUUUUUUUGAAAUUCAGUACAAUUAAAAUUGUAUAAUUUAAUUUUCGCAUAAUUCAGUAUAUCUAACUAGUGAAUAAAAAUGUACGAACCAUACAUAUAGACUAUUGUCACAUUGAGUGGUGUGUUCUUUUGUAUUUUAGCAGGGUAAAAAUGUGGAGGAUGCUAUUUCAAUUCAAUGUUUGCCUGCUAGCAUGUUACCUUGCUUGGUAUUUUUGGCGUGAAGCCGUGCUAUGCUCGAAUCGGUGUCGAUGUUGUGCUGAUGUUCAUAACUUAGUUAAUGAGAAAAAGUCUACUUCAGACCAAUUAGAAUCCUUUAAAACAACAAUUUCAAAACAAUUUGAAGAGACGCAAACUCAAAUGUCUGAUAUACUUGGUAUCAUGGAUAGAAAUAUUUCAGGGUACGAUCGAAAAUGGCGAGACAUAUUUAGCAAUGAAACAGAGACUGUAAAUCAAAGAUUUAAUUCAUCGGACCUUAGAUUGAAAGACGUUGUGAAAAAAUUAAAUACUUCAAUUGAAAUGUUGAAUGACACUAUAGAAAAUGUCAAAGUUAAAUCUACUGAAGACUUAAAGGAAACAUUAACAGAAAUAAGAGCUAAUAUAAAGAGUAUUCAAACAAAAACAGAGAGUUUAGAAAACAGUUUUGAAAUGUACAAAAGCACAGUGGAAGAUGAUAUAGAAAAUGUAGCAAAUCAAGCAUAUGACCGAUCACUUGAAACAAUAACAGAGAAGUCCAAUGAGCUUAGUGGCAAAAUACGCGAGCUAACAGGCAAAAUAGAUAGCAAGACUUCACUUUUCAGUACUGAAUUAAAUCAAUUAACGAGUCAUUUGUCAAAAUCAAAAGAGAACUUAGAAAACAAGCUUAUAAACGAUGCAGAAAUGCUGCGUUCUGAAGUUAAUCGAGACAUUGCUAAUUUAGACACAAUUAUGCAAGAAAUGUUAACUAACUCAAGGACAGAUAUUGAAGACACAAAGAAAAAACUGUCAAAACUGAGAGAAGAUAUGGAAGAACAGAAACGUCAAAAUGAUGUUAAUAUAGAAGAAUUAAAAAAGACUUUGACAGAUUUAAUACUGGAAAAUGUAUUAAAAGUUCAAACAAAAUGUCGUUGGUUUGCUUCAGAAGGUACAUAAUGAUAUAGAUCAGCUUAAGAAUGAAAUAGGACAGCUUAUAAAACUUGAAGUCGAGCAACUGUCGAAACAGGCGAUUGAAGCGAACCAAACACUUGCUGAACAUCAGAGAAUAAUUGAAAUCAUAUUUAGGAACAUAUUUAACAAAGAAAUGUUCACCAUAGCAUAUAUAGUACUUGUGGUACUGCUGGCCAUUAACUAUGGUAUUGUAUACGUACUAUGGAAACGAAC